GUAAGAUUCGAUCAGUGAACACGCAGCAGCAACAGCAGGAGCGCGCUAGUCACAACUUCCGAUUAUGACCAGACAACCGAAAGAUUCCAAACACGUCAAAUGUCAGAUACGAUUCGACAACAGUUCAACGGGAUUAUAUCGGCCGGGCGAUACCGUGAAUGGGACGAUUGAGCUUACCCUGGCAAAAAAUAAGAAAUUUCGAGGCAUCUGUCUCCGGAUGAAUGGCUGUGCUUCCACCAACUGGGAUGCUAAGGCGAUCAAUGGCGUUGAUCAGAAGAAACGGAAAACGUUUUUCAAAGGACGAGAAGAUUACUUCAGCACCAUUAACUAUCUGGUGGGAUCGGAUGUCGGAAACCCAUUGGAAGUUGUAGCUGGCACUUAUAGUUAUCCCUUUACAUGUACCAUUCCUCCGAAUGCUCCAUCUUCGAUGGACGGCAAGUACGGCUUCAUUAGAUAUUUGGUUCAAAUUGCGCUGGAACGUCCCUGGAAGCAUGACUUGAUCUACCAGACGCCCAUCAGUGUUAGGAGUGACUUUGACCUCAAUUUGCGGAGCGAUAUUCUUGGGACCCCGGGAAAAGCGGAAGCCAUAACUUCAUUCUACUUCGGCAUGACAGAUCCGUUGAUUGUUACGGCUGCGAUUCCGAGAUCUGGUUAUGCACCAGGUGAAGUAAUAGAGCUGGUCAUCCACGUCAACAACCAAUCCAGUGUUGAUGUUAAGGAAAUCGACAUUAAGCUACAAAGAAUCGACACUUUUAUCAGUCAAAUCCCUCACGUUGACAAGCAUACAGAAUGUAUGAUUCUUGAGGAACGAAAAAUCGGCAAAGUGUCCCGAAGGCAAAAUGCACGCUUUGAGGAAAAUAUUUUAAUUGGGGCCGGAAUCCCAAGCGAUCAGAACCUUUGCAGUAUCAUCCAAGUGCAGUACGAAAUCGAGGUGACCGUAUUCCCGAUACGCUCCCGAAAACGGUUAACAAUGAAAAUUCCCAUAGUUUUCGGAACCAAAGGAAUGUCAACGGAAAACAGCAUCUAUCCUCAGCUGAUCAUCGAUAAGCAACGGGAGGCACUCGUCGGUUUCCAACCGUCUGCUCCACUAGUUCCGCAGAUCGCAGACAUUUCAACAACAGUGGCUCCACCUUCCUAUGCGGAACUGAGAACUUCGAACGCAAUUGCAUCUUGCUCGUACUCUGAAUCAUCCGAAACGAUCGAGGUUACGGUGGAGCAUGAAAGUGAAAAAGGUUCCGAACCUUACACUCCAAGAGAUUUUUGAAUGUGUGUUCAAUCGAGGAGAAACGUUUUGAACAGUGCAGUGUAUUUGUGAUAAAAUAUUAAUCUAUCAGUUUAAGAAUAAAAAAUAUGUACGUUUCGUUUAUGCGAAUAAAAAGUAUCAGAACGAGUUAAUAAUAGUUAAUAA